AUGCCAACAAGUAAAGAUCUGACGAAAUCUCAUUCAACAAAAAGUCUUACUCUUCCUACUACAACUAUGCAACAACCAAAAUCGAGAACACUUGAUCAUGUAACAAUAUCUCAUAUAACUCGAUGUCCAUCGAACUUAGCAGCAUCGUCGAAUAUACAACUAUCAUCACGAACAAAAGCAAGUCAAACAAAAGAGAAUCUUGAAAAGAAACAAUAUUCUCAUUCGACAAAUGAUUUACGAACAUGCAUAUUAAAUGGUAAUAAUAAUAUUUAUACUAAUAAUGAUAACAAUCUAACCGAGAUUAAAGUGAAACAAAGUCUAUCAAUACCAGAUUUGAGGAAAAUGCAACAAGAACCGGAAGUUUCAUCACCAUCUGUAGCCGAACCAUUAAUCAACGAUCCGAAGCAAGAUGAUCCAAUUACACAUGAUGAUCGUAUGCUUACUGUUAAUCAUCUUGUUCAUGACCUUCAUCAAUGCCUUAAUGAGUUGGAGAAUCUUUAUGCAUCGGUUGCACAAAGCUCAGAUAUACGAGAUACGAUGUUAAAGCAAAAUAUUGAACAGAUUUAUUUUGAUCUUCAUAUACGCAUUACGAAUAAUCAACAACAACAACAGCAAAAGCAGGCGUGUUAG